ACUAAAAUGAUUUUUUUUUUUAAAUUUCAACAUAAAUGCUAAAAUAAUGAAUAAAACGGUCCAAAGCCCAAUCCUAAGUUCAAAGUAAACAGCCCAAAGGUAGUAUAGAGCCCAUUAAAAUAAGCGAGGCUCCUUCAUUUGGAUGCUAGUUGCUGCAGCGCUCAUCGCCGUUACGCUUAAACUGCAAUUCCGGCGACUCCUGAACUUGAUCUUGAAUUUAAAACCCUGCCUCCUUAAGAAUGAACGUGCAAGAAGAGGGAAAAGAGAAGGAAAUGAACGGAUUUUCUGGUUUUAUAUUUUUGUGCAAUGCAAAAACAAAGCCGGAGUGUUACAUGUACCGCGUUUUUGGGCUUCCAAGGGGGAGGAUUGAAAUUGUAGAGAAGAUUAAACCAGGGAUGGGACUUUUUCUGUUUGAUGUCGAAUCCAAGCUUCUUUAUGGUCCGUAUAGCGCGGCUUCUUCUGGAAAGUUGAACUUGGCGCCUGCUGCUUUUGGUGGGAAGUUUCCUGCACAGGUGAGUUUCCAAAUUUACAAGGAUUGUUUCCCUUUGCCAGAAAGCUCCUUUAAGCAUGCUAUCCAAGAUAAUUACUGCGGGAAGGGAAAAUUCAAGCAAGAACUUAACAACCAGCAAGUAAAGGAUCUCUUGUCAUUGUUUCGUCCACUUCCUAUGCUAGCAUUAGCACCUAAGUCUCCUUCAUUGCCUUGUGCAACCAUGCCUUCGGCAAUGUCAUUCUCAGCCAUAGACAGUCAGUGCCCGACACAAGCAAGUCUUUCAGAAAAUAAUCCUUAUGUAGAUGGAAUGCAACAUAAUCAAAAUAGAUCACUUUUGAAUCCUCAGCAUGAUUAUUAUAGAUCCUUAGUACGAAUCCAUGGAUUAGCGAAUCUACAAGCUACGACACCUCCAACAGUACCUUAUUUGGGGUAUCCAUAUGAUUCUAGAACUAACUAUAGUCAUGCACCACAAGUGGCGGAGAUUCGACCAACAAAUGUUACGACACCUCCAACAGCACCUUAUUUGGGGCAUCCAUAUGAUUCUAGAACUAACUAUAGUCAUGCCCCACAAGUGGCGGAGAUUCGACCAACAAAUUUUCAAGCUACGACACCUCCAACAGCACCUUAUUUGGGGUAUCCAUAUGAUUCUAGAACUAACUAUAGUCAUGCCAUACAAGUGACGGAGAUUCGACCGACAAAUGUUCAAGCUACGACAACUCCAACAGCACCUUCUUUGGAGUAUCCAAAUGAUUUUAGAGCUCACUACAGUCAUGCCCCACAAGUGUUGGAGACUCCACAUAUUGGACAGAGUCUCAUUCCAUUGCAACCUCCUGCUUAUGGAUCCAUGACGGGUUAUGUUCAUCAACCUGUGCAGUAUCAAACUUCACCAGUUCCAACUACUUCAUAUUAUUCAGCAGAUGUUCAACAGGCACACUUUCAAGCAAACUCAUAUAACAGUUAUUUGCCUGGAGGGGAUUUGCUUCCUAAUAAUCAAUACAGCGGUUCAGUGUAUGAGCAGCAUGAGUUGUCUUCACAAAGCAGCCAAGAAAUUGCGCCGCAACAGGGAAAUGCUCUUCAUAACUAUAGUCAGUACUUCCCUACAACCACACAUACUGUACAAAACAUACCAUUGAAGCUCCAAGGAACAACACCUGGACAAGUGCUGAGUAACAUUUCUUACCCUCCAAUACGAUUUACCAGAGCUGUUUUUAGCUGUGGAUUUCCAUGUCAUGUUGCAACAUCAAAUCUUUAUGUCCUCCAGGAAUCCUCAACAGUUGCAGUUGCUUCCAUUAGCCUGAUAUUUUUUUCUCCCUUAAAAGAUUCUUGUUUACUACGCUUCUUUGGAUUUUUUUUGUUGAUCCGAACUUAUAACUGCUAUUCUGAGAGCUGUUUUUGUUGGUGUGCGAUGGGAAAUUGCUGCUCUGAUGAAGCUGGAGGUAGGGCGGCAGUUGGUGGCACCUCCUCUGCUUCCGCUGCUGCUGCUGGUGGCGCCGGCGGUCCUAACGACGCUAUCGAUUUCCUCUUUAAGUCUCGCGGUUUUAGCGGUAUUCACUCUCAGAUCGAGUUGUCUUUUUCAGCAACAAACUUACGUGACCGAGAUGUACUUUCUAAGAGUGAUCCCAUGGUAGUUGUUUAUACAAAAGGAAGAGAUGGGCCGCCCACUGAAGUUUUCCGCAGUGAGGUGAUUCUCAAUUCAUUGAACCCCACAUGGAUUUUGAAAUAUUCUACAACUUUCCAAUUUGAAGUUGUACAGACUCUAGUGUUUUGUGUAUAUGAUGUUGACACUCAAUUUCACAAUGUAGACGUAAAGAUGCUCAAGCUGGACGAGCAGCAGUUUCUUGGUGAGGCAUCUUGUGUUUUGUCGGAGAUUGUGAGCAAAUCAAAUAGGUCACUGACCUUAAAUCUUGUACAUAAAGAAGAUUCUACAAUGUUAAGUCACCCACUAAAAUAUGGGCAGCUUGUGGUGCAUGCUGAGGAAUGUGUUAGCUCAAAGACUACAAUGGAAUUGAUAUUGAAGUGUUCGGAUUUGGAACAUAAGGAUCUGUUCUCAAGAAUUAACCCUUUUGUGAUAAUUUCAAAAGUUGUUGAGAGUGGAAACCCUAUUCCUGUAUGCAAAACAGAAGUCCUAAAGAAUGAUCAGAAUCCAAUUUGGAAACCAAUCUUUUUGAAUGUUCAACAAGUUGGAAGCAAGGAUAGUUUGCUUGUGAUAGAGUGCUAUAACUUCAAUAGUAAUGGCAAGCAUGAUUUGAUUGGAGUUGUUCGAAAAUCCCUAGCACAACUAGAAAUGCUUUGUUCUAGCAAGGGAGGUGAAAAUCUGUUUUUACCCACUGGUGGUGCCCAUGAUCAUCAUAACAAGGUUUUAAAGAGCCAGCUAUUUGUGGACAAGUUUUCUGAAAGCAUUCAAUUCACUUUUCUGGAUUAUCUAAAAGGAGGUUGUGAACUGAACUUCAUGGCUGCUAUUGAUUUCACUGCUUCAAAUGGAAAUCCGCGUCUUCCUGAUUCCUUGCAUUAUAUCGAUCAUUCUGGGCGGCCAAAUGCAUACCAGCAAGCAAUCAUGGAAGUUGGAGAAGUGUUGCAGUUUUAUGACUCAGACAAGCGGUUUCCUGCUUGGGGAUUUGGAGCACGGCCAAUUGAUGGCCCAGUCUCCCAUUGCUUUAACUUGAAUGGAAGCAGUAAUCAUUGUGAGGUUGAAGGAAUUCAAGGGAUUAUGAUGGCAUAUAACAGUGCUCUCUUCAAUGUUUCUUUAGCAGGUCCCACGCUUUUUGGACCCGUGAUAAACACUGCUGCCCUAUUUGCUAGCCAGUCUCUUGCAAAUGGAGGAAAAAAAUAUUUUGUUUUGCUAAUAAUUACAGAUGGAGUUGUAACUGAUCUCCAAGAAACCAAGGACGCCAUAGUAAAGGCUUCCGACCUACCAUUAUCAAUCCUUAUCGUUGGAGUUGGAGGAGCCGACUUCAAAGAAAUGGAGAUUUUAGAUGCUGAUAAGGGAGAGAGACUUGAAAGUUAUACAGGGCGUGUUGCUUCACGUGAUAUAGUUCAGUUUGUACCAUUUCGGAAUGUACAAAGUGGGCAAGAGUCUGUUGUUCAAGCACUUCUAGCUGAACUACCGACCCAAUUUUUGACGUACAUGCGAUCUAAAAGUAUCCAGCCAAAUAUUUGAUUCUAUAAAGAUGAUGUAUAUAUGGAAAACAGUCUUCUUUUUGUGGAUUUCAUGCAAUGAGUCUCGAAGGCCGUCUUGCCAAAUGCAAUCAUGCGUUUUAGGUAACGAGGCCUCAUUCAUCUUACUGGAAGAGGUAGUCGAUGCACUCAUAAACAAGUUUUGGCAAAUCGCCCAUUCCUCAUUUACAUCGCCUCCAGCUUGCAACGGUGGCUGUUAUUGCAGCGGGAGAAGUUUGUUGUUUUGCUUAGAAAAAUGAAGUUGGAUUCAACUAUAGAAGAACAGGCGAAGGAUCGGAUGUGCAUAGAGCUGCAAAGCAAAUUCAAAAAGUGAACAAAGUAAGAUCUAUGGUUACCGUAUCUUGAUUGUUUUACUUGCUUAUAUUGAUUCUUUUUUGUGACUUAUUCAGAUAUUUAUUAUUAUAUGAUCCGAAGAAGUGUAUUUUUUUUCUAUUUGAACA